GCGCAGAGCAGGCGACAGUUUCACGGAUCUCGAUCUCGGUACUCUGCGGUUCGGUUAUAAACAUUGAGAUAGUUUCGUUUUUCGGGUAGGGGGAAUAACUAAAUACAGUGUCGGUCGCGUUCGUGGAAAGAUAAGUAAAGUGGAUAAAAAAGAGGAAAACAACAAAUAACUAUAGAGGGGAACCAGCGUGUUUUGAAAUCGGUUUUUGGCAUCGACAAGUGCCGAAACUGCAACUGCAAAUGCUGUACACGGAUAAUCGCCCCCAUUUGGCACUAAUUAAAAGGCCAGCGAGCGUGUGAUAAGCUCACUGUAAUUAUAACAAUAAUUAUAACGAUAAUUGGCAGCCGGGCCAAGUUUAAACUGGCCAUUUCAAUGCCUAAUGCGCUCUGAAGUGGAUUCGAGUUGAGUCGGGUCGGAUCCAGAAGGAGAUUGUUGCAUAACCCAAAAAUAUAAAAACCCAAAAAUAAAACGAGUCCGAGCAUCCCUAGCACAGUGCAGGCAACCUCCGUGGAAUGUAUAUAAUAUAAAUCCCAUCUAAUAUAUGCGGUAUAAAGUGCGAAAAGUGUAUGUAUAAAAGGCUCAUCAACCGAAAUCUUCUGUAAUUCGCUCAAUUGGCGCGUUCUGUUGUCCGGCGAUCAGUGUUUGGCGGCCUGUAUCCAAGAGAUACUUUUGCUCUGGAUAUCCAGUUUCAUCUGUAUCCCAUCGUCUAUGCUGCGGCGUAUCCAAAUUUAAGUGUUUUACCACCAAGAUGGCCUUUAACAAGAUCGCCUUCUUGGCCAUUGUGGCCCUGACCUCGUUCUGUGGCUUGGCCACUGCCUCUUACAGAGUUGGCGUGGGACGAGCGGACAUCACUGGACCUCCAGUGGAAAUCAAUUUUAUGGGUUAUGCUAAUAUCAAGCAGGUGGGUCGUGGCAUCCACACCCGUGUCUUUGCCCGUGCCUUCGUGGUGGAGGAUGAGAAUGGCAACCGGGUGGCUUUUGUGAGUGCCGAUGCCGGAAUGAUGGGCUAUGGAUUGAAGAGGGAGGUAGUGAAACGUCUGCAGGCGCGAUAUGGAAACAUUUACCACACGGACAAUGUGGCCAUCAGUGGCACACAUACCCAUGGAGCACCUGGAGGCUUCCUGAUGCACCUGCUUUACGAUAUCUCUAUUCUGGGAUUUGUGCCGCAGACCUUUGAGGUGAUGGCUCAGGGAAUAUAUUUGUGCAUCAAACGUGCCACGGACAACCUGGUGGAUGGCAAAAUCUUCCUAUCGAAGAGAACUGUAUAUGAUGUGAACAUUAAUCGCUCACCUAGCUCUUACCUGCGGAAUCCUGCCGAGGAGCGGGCACAGUACGACCACGAUACGGACAAGCAGCUGACCCAAUUGAGAUUUAUGGAUAUGGAGAACAACCUGCUGGGUGCCUUUAAUUGGUACGCAGUGCAUGCAACCUCAAUGAAUAACACCAACAAACUGGUGACCAGUGACAAUGUGGGCUAUGCUGCUCUGCUCCUGGAGAAGGAAUACAAUCCCAAUAAGAUGCCUGGCAAAGGAAAGUUUGUGGGUGCCUUCUGUUCCUCCAAUCUGGGAGAUGUGUCACCCAAUAUAAUGGGUCCCAAGUGCUCGAUUUCUGGAAAUGAAUGUGAUUUGCUCUCUUCCCGCUGCCCUGCUGGCGAGGGUGAAUGCUUUGCCUCCGGUCCCGGCAAAGAUAUGUUUGAGAGCACCCAGAUCCUGGGCAAUAGGCUGGCUGAUGCCGCCUUGGGAUUGAUCAACGGGCGUCCAGCUGAUCCUGAUGACAAAAACUAUUUGAAUCGGGAGGUAACCGGCGACGUGCGAUUUAUCCAUCAGUUUGUGGAUAUGCCCAACUAUAAUGGCAGCACCUACAAUCCGCUGAGCAGGAAGAUCGAUAAAGUCCGAGGCUGUCAGCCUGCCAUGGGUUACAGCUUUGCAGCGGGAACCACCGAUGGUCCUGGUGCCUUCAGCUUCGAGCAGGGAACAACCACGGAUAAUGCCAUGUGGAACUUUGUGCGUGACUUUAUAGCGGCGCCUUCGCAGGAGGACAUUGCAUGCCAUGCGCCAAAGCCUAUCCUCCUGGCCACCGGAAGGGCUACUUUCCCCUAUGAAUGGCAGCCCAAGAUCGUCUCCGAUCAGCUUCUGAAAAUCGGUGAUGUGAUUAUUGCCGCUGUGCCCUGUGAAUUUACCACAAUGGCUGGUCGUCGGUUGCGUAAUCAGAUUGGAGCAGCUGCCUCUGCCACGGGAACUGACACCGAAGUGAUCAUUGCCGGUUUGACCAACAUCUACACCAGUUAUACGGUGACUCCGGAGGAAUACCAGGCUCAGCGUUACGAGGCAGCAUCCACGAUCUUUGGACCUCACACUCACUCCAUCUACAUGGAUGUCUUUGAGCGUCUUACCAAGGCCAUGAUGAAUAACCAGACUGUGGAACCUGGUCCAAGUCCGCCAUAUAUGAAUGAUGUUAUGCUAUCGCUUAAUACUGGAGUGCUCUUCGAUGGACAUCCCAUCAACACGGACUUUGGUUAUGUCAAGUCACAACCCAACAAAGAGUAUGGCAUUAAUGAUACCGUCAAGGUUACCUACAUCUCGGGAAAUCCCCGGAAUAACCUCUUCACCGAGAAGACCUACUUCACCGUCGAGCGCAAGAUCAAUGAGGAUCGAUGGAAGGUGGCCUAUACGGACGCCAGUUGGGAGACCAAAAUGAUCUGGCAUCGCACUAACACAAUUCUGGGCUUCAGCGAGCUGGACAUUUACUGGAACAUUAGUCCGCAGACACUUCCUGGGGAGUAUCGCAUCCGGCACUCGGGCGAAUACAAGUAUAUCCUGGGCGGAAAGUAUCCCUAUGAGGGCUUAACGCACUCCUUCACAGUCAAAGAGGAUUAGGAGCUGUCCUAUAGAUAUUCCUGACCUGACAUUUGUUGGGCUCAUCAGAAAAAAAUGAACACUGAAUCCAUGUAUUUAUUUACCAUUUGUAAGUGACGAAAGGAAAAGCUUUAUUUUUGCAGACGCGAAUAAAAAAAGAUGCCAAAUUUUGUUAACACUAAA